AGCCGUGAUGGUAAUCCAAUCAGAGACAGAGGAGGGCGGGUCACUCCUUUAGUAGGAUUUGCACCACCAGUCAGACGAUCCCGGAACUGCACGAGUCACGCUGCUGUUUUGAACAACAAAACAGUAAUUUGGGUAACGCGUGUGGAGCAAGGAGGGUGAGUGCCAUGGAGCGGGUCAUGGGGGGGGGAGUGUUUCCGCUGAUGUUAGCAAGUGCGGGGAUCUUGCUGCUUUAUCGGAUACUUGUUCGCCUCAGACCAGGAGCUGCUCUGCAGGAUGCUGUGGUGGUCAUCACAGGGGCCAGCUCUGGACUGGGAAAAGAGUGUGCACGGGUCUUCCACGCUGCAGGUGCACGACUCGUGCUGUGUGGACGAGAUGCAGCCCGCCUGCAGCAGGUGGUCCAGGAGCUUACAGCAAGUUCAACAGGCUCACAGCAGCAGACUUGCACUCCCAGCACGGUUAUCUUUGACCUGGCGAGCACGGACACAGUGGACAGAGCUGCAGAGGAGAUCCUGAAAUGUUAUGGGCAAGUGGAUGUCCUCAUUAAUAAUGCUGGAAUCAGUUAUCGUGGCAGCAUACUGGACACCCACCUCUCAGUACAGCGGGAUGUUAUGGAGACAAAUUACUUUGGGCCCAUUGCUCUUACUCAAGCUCUUCUGCCCUCCAUGGUUCGCCGGCGCAGUGGCCACAUUGUUGUCAUUAGCAGCGUCCAGGGCAAGAUAGCCAUUCCUUACAGAUCAGCUUAUGCAGCCUCUAAGCACGCCACCCAGGCCUACUUUGACUGCUUACGGGCCGAGAUCGAGCGCUACGGGAUUCCAGUGACCGUGAUCAGUCCUGGGUACAUCCGAACCAACCUGUCGGUCAACGCCGUCACAGGGGACGGCUCCAAGCAUGGAGUUUUGGAUCAAACCACUGCAAUGGGUCGUGACCCCAGGGAUGUGGCUCAGGCGGUUCUGAAGGCUGUCCGUCAGAGGAGCAAAGAUGUUGUUUUAGCAGGACCCAUGCCCAAUCUGGCCAUCUACCUCCGCACUCUGUGGCCAGCGCUCUUCUUCAAACUCAUGUCCUCUCGCGCUCGCAAGGAGCAGAAACCUAAAGAGGAGUGACGCAGCAGCAGGUGAGCAGCAAGAGGCUCACAUUACAGGCACACAGACCAAAACAAGAAACCGAGUCACAUGGAGGCCAAAGGGGACAGGAUGUGGACAUAUGCAGCUCUUUGCCAUAAUAUGUUUGUUUGCACUGUUAACUAAUGUAGCAUCUAAAACAAACCACAAAUCUGUGUAGCAACAGGACUUUAUGGUGAGUGGUUUUAUUGUAUUGACUUAAAUCUGCAGUUGACCAGGUUAGUAAGACAGUGUUGUUCAGCUAUUGCUGUAAUUGACUUUUCAUUAGACUAAAGCUGUGCUGUAAAGGACAGGAUAUGCUGUUUUUUAAAUUGACUUAUUGGAUUUGGUUUACAAAUUAAAUGUUCAAACUGUUUUCCUUAUGCAGGAGAAUGAAUGUUUAACUUGUCGAUGUUAGUACAGCCUAAAAAAAGACAGAUCUAAUUUGCAAACAUUUCACUAUACUACAGUCCAUCUGAUGCUGUAGUAGAAACAAGUAUGAGAACAUAACCAACAUGCAGGAUUUGAUAUUGUAUGUGCCGCUUUGGCUACCACAAUGGUUGCAGUCAGACUACAACACAUACUAUGGUUAAAAAAAGAA